GAGAAAUGGUAACCGCGUGCUAACGGAUGUUGUGGCUACAAAGCUGGCUACUUCCUCUCAACUUGGUUAAAUCUUCAAUUUUUCGGCCAAGAGUAUUGUCGUCAUGGCGUCGAUGGCACUUAUUAAGAUUGGAAUAAUUGGUGGUUCAGGCCUUGAUGAUCCAGAUAUCUUGGAGGGAAGGACUGAGCGUUAUGUCGACACACCAUAUGGAAAGCCAUCCGAUGCUCUGAUACUGGGGAAGAUAAAAAACGUGGAAUGUGUGCUUCUGGCAAGGCAUGGGAGACAACACACUAUAAUGCCGUCCAAUGUGAACUACCAGGCCAACAUCUGGGCACUGAGAGAGGAGGGCUGUACUCACCUGUUGGUCACCACGGCCUGCGGCUCGCUCCGGGAGGAGAUUCAGCCAGGAGACAUCGUCAUUAUAGAUCAGUUCAUUGACAGGACUACCAAGAGACCUCAGACGCUGUACGACGGGCAGCCCACCAGUCCUCCAGGAGUGUGUCACGUCCCCAUGGCCGAGCCUUUCUGCAACAGAACCAGAGAGGUUCUGGUGGAGGUGGCGCGCAGCCUGGGGAUAAAGUGCCAUGUGCGAGGGACCAUGCUGACCAUCGAGGGGCCCCGCUUUUCUUCGCGGGCAGAGAGCCUGAUGUUCCGCCAGUGGGGUGCUGACGUCAUCAACAUGACCACCGUGCCAGAGGUGGUCCUCGCCAAGGAGGCCGGCUUGUGCUAUGCCAGCAUCGCCAUGGCAACAGACUACGACUGUUGGAAGGAGCACGAGGAGGCGGUCUGUGUUGACAACGUACUGAAGACGAUGAAGGAGAACGCCAACAAAGCCAGCAGUAUCCUGCUAACUGCAAUACCCCAGAUUAGUCAGAUGGAUUGGGCUCAGACAAUGAAGACCUUGAAAGUAAGUUAUCGACUUUAUGAUGAUUCAUUUCCAUUCAGCGAGUCUUUGAAGAAGUGCUGAAAGAAGGUCUGUUUACCUCUUUAGCUGACUAUCUCCAAAUGAGAUCACAGUUUUAAUAUCUUCCAUCCCAACUAACCACCUCCUCAAGCUGUUUCAAAAGAAUAAUCAAACCAUCCGGAGCGUGACGGCUCUCAAAAGACGACCAGGUUUAUGAAGGUGAUUAUGACCAUGAGCCAAAGUGGGCCGAUGACAGUUACCUCCGUCUGACUCAGACGCUCGUCAUCGUUGCACCUCUCAUAGAGGUGAGAGUGCAGAGUUUUACUCAUUAACGAGUAAAACUCUGCAGGUUUAACUUUGACUGGAAAUCUGUUUCUGACAGCUCAAAGCAUGAAAACACUCAUAUAAGAGUCUGAACUCAAUAUAUGUGGUAAUGAAGUUGUUACAUGUGUGUUUAAUAAACAUGUAUUAUGUGAAUUGCACCUCAGAACGUGCACGUUCUUUGCAUCCAUUCGCAACAAUAGUUUUGAACGUGCUUGAAGUACUUUGAGGUUGCAGGAAGGUAAGUGGCUAAAUUUCUAUUCAAAACCUCUUUGGAAAUAAUGAAACUUUGGAAAAAGUCUAGCGUUAAAUCUCCCUAAUAUUCAUUUUAUUUACAUUUUUGUAAUGUUGUCAGGCACACCAGUUUUAAUAAAACCUUUGAAAACAGUAUAUUAUUGUUAUUAUUAUUAUAUCCUUUGUUUUUCUUUUUUAACUUCCCAUGCACAUUAACCUGCUGAGACCGUUUGGCCUCAGACUUCCCUGAAACCAACACUGGACAGCUUUCCUACGAUCUAAACGUAGUUACUGUUGCUUUAUAUCUGUGGGACAUGCAGGAAUAAGCUGUUUUGCUCCUUGUGUUUCAGUCAACGGCACAAUCUUCAGUAAUGUUACCAAAACAUUAAGAAAACAAUGGAGUAGAAAACAGACACGGAUCGCAGACGCGCCCCCCCCCCUCCGCACCGACUCGGACUACAGACUCACCUCUGCCUGUGGAUUUGUCAUCAGUGAAUCACAAGAAAGUGCCUCACAUAAAUAAUGCAUGUGCUCUGGAGUUUCAUUGUUUUUUCUGGACUCAAAAAACACAUCUGCAGCCCCCGCCCCCGCCCCCACCACCCUAUUCAUUCUCUUUCACAGGUCACUUUUUUUCUCUGGAAACACUCACCAGCAAAGUCACUCCAGCAGGAGUUUUCUGUCAGCCUGGUGGUACGAAACAGUUUUUAAGUCUUCUCAGACUCUGUUAAUAAUUGUGAUUUAUAUUUUUUGUGAUCUGUUCAAAUUUAUAUAUUUGUUGCCUGUAAACCGUUGAUGUCUUUUUGCUGUUAAUGCAAUUAAAAUGCUUUGCAAGUUUAGCACAUUGAUGCUGUGUUACUGCCUUAGUUACAAAUUAAUAUACUGAUAAAGUUCAGUCUGAUGUCUCGCACAUUUGUUGGAUUUGUUAAAGUAAAAUCUUUCAGCUGAACUGAUAAAAACGUAUUAACACUGACGAUGUCGAGCUUUGCUUUGUCAGGGGCACGUUUUUUACAUUCUGUGGAAUUGUCUGAUUUUUCUGCUCUCGGUGACAGUUUUAUGAAUCAAACCCAGCAGUGUUUGGAGUUCAUUUGAGAAACUGUCAGCGCCGGCAGGUGACGACGUUUUGCACUCUUGAAAUGUUUGAUAUUUUGUGAGCAUUUCUGUGGAAGUGCUGGGCCUCCUGUUAUCACUGCACCUGAAACUCCUCACGCUGCACGGUGUCUAAAAAAAAAAAAAAAAAAAAAGUGCUCUUUUGUAUUUCCUGUUUGUUGCCUG